GGAUAGAAAUCUUGAGUUUUCAAGGACUUAUAUACGAAGUCGUUAUGAUACUGGACCUUUUGCAGUCCUUUAUGGAGCCAAGACCCUGCGAUAAACGCAUUCCUUCACGACGCCAGACGCUUCAUCCUUAGCAACAGCGAGCUCGCGGAUCUUGCGCCCCUACAGAUCUACUCUUCAGGGCUCAUAUUUAUCCCCAAAAGUUCAAUCAUUCGCAAUCGAUUCUCUGCAGACAUGUCUAGCUGGAUACGCGGGACACCGAUGUUCGAAGAGUACUGGGGGCCUGGUAUACAGACCCUUCGGUCAACUGAAGCAAUCUUGAACUCGGAGCGAAGAUUGAGAGAAGAGGUUCGGUCAAUCGUGUUCUCGCCGGAUGGCAGGCUGCUGGUAUCAACACAUCAGGAGGGGAUAGUUGAAUUCUGGAACGCCACCACGGGCCAGCACCAACAAACUGUUCAGACUCAUUCGACUUGCAUCAGAUGCACGGAUCUUUCGGAGAAGGGCGCGGUGCUAGCCAUCGGCUCUCAAGAUGGUAGUAUUGAACUCUGGAACACCGAUACAGUGGCUUUUGAAGACGGUCGUCUCGGGGUCUGCGAUCUGACCACAGGCACUCAACAAUACAUUACCCGUGGUGACCGCACACCACACUCGCUUGCUUUCGCAGCAGGAGGGGGACUAUUAAUCUCUGUUGAUAGUUAUAGUGUCGGCCGCUAUACCGUCGAGGUCUUUGAUGCGGCUUCAAUGGAACUACUGGACCUGUUUGAGUCCAAGCGUGCUCAAAUAUCUUGGCCGCAAUUGUCAUCUGAUGGUCGCUUCCUAGCGUUCCUUGCCGAAGGGUAUAUUGAUAUCCGGAGUGUCAAAGCAAAAGUCCUAUGUGGCAGGCUAGCAACUCGUGGAGACACCGGGCAAAUAGUGUUCUCUCGAGAUUGCAGCAUGCUCGCAUUCAACACAAGCGCAAGCAAGAUCUCGCUCUGGAACCUUAACAAUGGCAGUACUUACGAGAUUGAUCAUGGUCAUCCUGACCGGCCAGAGGCUCUUGCCUUCUCACCAAAUAGCAGAUUGCUUGUAUCGGGCUAUCGCAACAUCUUGAAGCUCUGGGAUCUUUCGAUCGACCAGAUACAGCAUGCAUCUCGGCCCAGGUAUCACGUUGCGCGUUGGAUCGUGCCGUCACCCAAUGGUGAACUACUUGCAUCCGGCUCCGAGGAAGGCCGCGUCAGGCUCUGGAAUCCAAGAACCGGUGAAUGCACUGCUAUCCUAGGUAGGCAUAAACAUAUGUGCACCCUCUACUUUUCACCGUGUGGAAAUCGAAUUGCCACAGGAGGCAAAGACUCGCUUGUGAAACUGUGGAACAUACACACCCGAAAUCUCGAGGCGAGCUGGGACCAAAAUUCGGAGGUGGUUUCUAUUCGCUUUUCACCCCGCGGAGAUAUUCUGGCUUCAAACUGCUCUGGGGGGCUCAUCGACCUCUGGGAGCUCGGUCAUGACGAACCGAAGCCCUUGCCUCAGAUCCAGUCCCAGGCUGGAAACGACAUCGCCUUCGUGGCCAAUGGAAGGCUACUCGUCCGUUCCGAGGAGAACUCAAUCGGACUAUACAAUCCUCGCACAAGCCAGUCGAUUCGCCUCAUUGAGAUUCCCGAAUGGCGUUCACUCCUCAUCAGAUCCAUGAUGCUCUCACCCGACGGUCGAAGAGUCGCAUUCGAGCUGGAUGACAACACCAUCCGCGUUUGGGACGCAAAGGACGCACAAUUCGAGCGGACUUUCACCGGGACACAUGCCGCCUGGGCAAGUCGCAUUGCCUUGAUUCAUGUGUAUGAAAGGGAAUGGCUCUGUGUCAAUGGGGAAAAGAUUCUCUGGCUACCGCCGCAACAACGCGCGGCCGCUUUGGCGUACAAGAAGGGAACCCUGGUGAUCGUCCAUGAGUCCGGAAGAUUUAGUAUGAUCUUGUGUCUUAUCUAGCCCUAGCUGAGAGACCCUAUCGUAACUGGUGAAGAAUCGAGAGGACUGGUUUGAUACUUGCCUGCAGCCAGACCGCAAACUCAUACAUGCUAUACAAAUUCAA